AUGCCAGAAAUUUGGGACGGAGAGGACGAAACAGCCAGUCUUGAGACACUGAGAGACGUGUUGGUGAACAAGUCGGGUGACGUGAAAUUGGCGCUUCGAUUCCGCGCUUUGUUCUACCUGAAAUCUGUGGGAUCAGAGUUCGAACAGAGGCCAGAAGAAGCACAAAAGGCUUUGCAAUACAUCAGCGAGUCGUUCAAGGACGAUUCCGAGCUUUUAAAGCACGAGGUGGCAUAUGUUCUGGGCCAGACGAAAAAUAUGCAAGCUGCUCCUAUCCUGAGAGACGUGCUGGCUAACACUUCCCAGCAAUGUAUGGUGAGACACGAAGCAGCCGAGGCCCUGGGAGCUUUGGGAGACGUGAACUCCUUGGACUUGUUGGUCAAGUAUUAUGAAGAUCCAGAAGAGAUGGUGGAGAUCCGUCAGACAUGCGAGCUGGCCAUCGACCGUAUCAAAUGGGAAAAGAGCGAAAAGUCCAAGACAGAGAACUUGCAAACAUCUCUGUACGAAUCGAUCGACCCUGCUCCGCCAUUACCUUCGGACGAAGAGAACGACAAGGUGGAGAAACUACAACAGAUACUGAACGAUCAAAAUCGGUCUUUGUUUGAAAGAUAUAGAGCGAUGUUUAGACUUCGGGAUAUUGGAACAGACGAGGCAUGUCUUGCUUUGGCUUCCGGAUUCGACGACGAAUCCGCGUUGUUCAAGCACGAAAUUGCAUAUGUUUUCGGACAACUGUGCAACCCAGUGAGUGUUCCUGCGCUUAUUAAAAUUGUUGGAAACAAGUCUGAGGCCGGAAUGGUGCGACAUGAGGCAGCCGAAGCUUUAGGGUCUAUUGGAACUGGCGAUGUGUUACCAAUUCUCCAAGGCUUUCUCAACGACAAAGACGACGUUGUGCGUGAGAGUGCAGUUGUUGCCCUGGAUAUGUACGAUGCCGAGUAA